AUGCCACCAAAUCCUGUCCGCCGUUUGAACUACGCUGUCGGCGAUCUGGUAUUUGCCAAAGUGAUUGGCUAUCCUCCGUGGCCGGCACGGAUUGUGGCCGAACCGCCGCCCGGCUAUACAGUAGGUCCCGGAAAAUAUCCCGUAUUUUUCUUCGGCACCUACGAGAGUGCUGUAGUGGCCGUUCAAUAUCUGUGGCCAUACCUGGAAACCAGACACUUGUUGGGAAUACUUCGUCGUCGUCGUCGUCGACAAAGAAAACAAGACACGACUUAUUUUAACAAAGCAUUGGAUGAAAUUGAAAACAAUCCUAACUUAGGUGUCGUUGUCGUCGACGACGACAACAGUGAGUAUAUCAUCGAUGGACAAGAAGUGAUGGACAACAGCGAAGAACAAUAUAAUACUGAAGAUGAGACUGAAGAUGAAGAAGAAGAAGAUAUGACUGAAGAAGAGUUCUAUGAGACUAAUGAUGAAGAAGUAGAAGAGAUGACUGAAGAAGAUAGCGAUGAAACCGAUGAUGACAUCGAUGAUGAAGAUAUGAUUGGAUCAGAUAAUGAUGGCUAUUAUACCGUCGCCACAGCAAAGGAUAAGUUGACUGAAAAUAAGGAAAUCAAAUAA